UUAUAAAUGCCAGUGCAAGUUAGAUUCAUACCACAGAAUCGUGUUUGGAGCCGCUUAUAGAGUAUCCGUCGUCUCUUUUGGCAUGUUGUCUUGUGUCCGGAAAAUUUAUUCCAUUAAAUAAUCUGUUCGCACAGUGAAUUUGUUGAAAUCUUAAAUUAUAUUGUUAUACCUACCUGUUGCCACUAUAAUAUAAUAUCAUUGAGUGUAGAGUUUUUUUUAUUUAUCUUGCUUAUUAAUUUAAGAUUAAUAAAUUAGUGUGGAUAUAAAAAAUACACAAGGAUACCUACACAAAUAAAAAAAAAAAAGGAAUUCACAUCUACCUUUCAUCAGGAUUAUCAAAACAAGAAAAUGUGCUAAAAAAAUUAGAAAAAAACAUAGUUGAAUCUAAAAAAAUUAUUUAUAGAUCUUGCAUCUAACAUUAAAUAAACAACUCAAAAGUGUAACAAAAUGGGCAGUAUGAAAACAGCGUUACUAAUUUGCUGCCUCCUUAUUGGUAUCUUUAGUGCACAUGGUAUUGAUAAAAAAGCUGAUGACAAAUCUAAAGUGACUCCAGAUGAAGAUACAAAAAUUAAAAUUACCGAAACCAAGGAUAAACGACAAAUUGGUUCGAGUGAUACUGCAUCAUAUGCAAAUGAAAAACAAGAUGAUCCCGAACAACCUCAAGAAACAAUUUAUGGACCGAAACCAAAUCAUUUUCUAAUUCGUCCAUUGUCACCACACGAUCAGCAAUUGCGCAAUUAUCAGCCAACAAGUAGGCCACACAGUCAGCAGUUACAAGCGUUAGGACCGCAACUGGAGCAAAGUCAAGAGAUUCAGCACUUUGCCUAUCUGCAAGACACAAGUCGCAAUCAUCAAGCCAAGGCUGUUGCAGAAGGUAAAUCACACACGCUUGUUAAGAAACCUUCAUCUGCUCAACUACAACAAUAUGCUGCUGAAGAACAGUAUGCCCAACAGCAAUUACAGUCACAGGCACAGGUUCGGUUCACUCCUGCCCACGGCCAAUUCCGACCAUCGGAAUACAUACCUCAACAACAACAGCAGCAAGAACAACAACCUCAACAAGCACAAUAUCAGUCACUUCAAGAGGAACACCUUUUGAAACUCAUUGAGGAAGAGCUUCAAGCUAGAGCACUGCAAGAAGCUCAAGCCAGAGCUUCAUAUUCUCAACCAGGACCACAAAUUAGACCCGUAGAACGACAAGGUCUAGUUAAUUAUCGCUCUAAGCCUGAAGAAUCUCCUGAUUAUUCUGGUUAUAGCCAAGCUCCACGUGCUGGUCCUCAUCAAGGACAACAAUAUCUGCCACAACAGCAACAGCAUAUCAGAGCUCAACCCCAACAGCAAGCUCAAGGUCAACAAGUCAACUUUUACCAUGGACCUUCGGCAGUAAGCUACCGAACACUUCCCAAUCAUCCAUUGGCUGAGUCAUCACUUGAGAAAGAAAUAGAAAAGCUUCUUGCCUCGAAUAGACCAUCUGGAUACCGUCAUUCCAGUCCACCAGCUCUUCUAUCAAGUCGGUCACCAUUCUUGCAACCAAAGUCAUAUUCCACCACAGCUUCACCCCCUACAACAGUUGGACAAGCUAGUCAAUACUACUCCCCAUCGGUCGUUCAAUACAACGGAUUCCAACCUUCACCUACUGCCCCAACUAUCAACCAUGAGCACAAAAAAUAUGUUCCAUCAGCCUUUUCCACAUCUCAGCCUCAAUAUGUUAUUGAAUCAUCGCCGUCACCUUCAAAACCAAGUAAAUCAUCUUCAGGAAGCGGACAAUACCGAGUAAAGCUUCAUACUAGCAAGUCCAAAAAUCAAGGAAAACAAAAUCUUGGUCCAGUUCAAUUUUAUUACGGUGAACCGAACCAACAACAAACACAACAACAGCAACAGCCAUCACCGAUCCAACAGCAACAACAAGAGUACCAGCAAUACGCAGUGCCAACAGCAGCUCCUUCACAAUCGAGCAUCUAUGUGUCACAGAGCACUGGUGUCCAGCCAUCUCAAAAGACAAAGGUUCAAAGCAAUUCUAAACAUCUAGAAUUGCCACCUCCAGAUGGUAAACCCAUCACUCAAGCUGAGUUCCAAGCUCUUGUUGAUGCUGGCUACCCCGUGCAAGCUGUUCCCGUACCAGUUCCAGUUCCAUAUGAGCAAUAUAUCAAAGAACAUCCAGAAUAUACUCAAGAACAACUUGAGAUUCCUCAUCGUCAUACACAACGUGGUGCUUCUAGUGGCGAAGGAGGUGGUGUAACAUAUUUAAGACCAUUACCUAGCGAACGACAACAACAACAACAACAACAACAGCCUCGUCAUCCGCGUGAACAAAAAGAAGAAGCAACUCCUGGAAAGAAUGAAUCUUCAUAAUUGAUAUAGAUGGUGCACAUAAUUGUUCCUUGUGCUGUACUUAGAGUUUACCAGUUUUAAGUUAAAAAAUUGUUAUUUAUAUUAUUCAUAUUUUUAUUUCUAUAUAAUACCGUCGAGUAUAUACAUGCAUAUAAAUAUAAUAUUGGUGUUAUAUCCUUUAGCCAAUAAGAACUUAAGACACCGAUUUAUAGAAUAUUUCUUCUGAGAAGGGGAAAGAAAUUGAUUUUUGUUUUUUUAAUUAAUGAAUUUAAAAAUUUA